AUGGCGCGGCUUCGUUUGGGCUAUACCAAAUCACGCACUGGUUGUUUGAGGUGUAAGCAGCGCAGGGUCAAGUGCGACGAGACGAGGCCCUCAUGCAAGGCGUGCCUCCGACAUGGCAUUGAGUGCAGCCUCUCGACCCAGACAAACGCUCACUCCCCGGGCGCUAGCUCUAUCGCUGCCGGGACGCCGCCACCCGCACCUUCUCCCCAACUACCGCCUUCCCGAAGGAAUAGGACAAGACCAAUCAACCCACAACCGCCAACAUCCGGCCCGCCGCCACCAGAAAAUGGCCCGGAAACCGGCCCGUCCCCGAGCGCGUCCGCCCUUACUCCCGCCGUCGCCGACUCUCCCGCGACAAACACAUCCGACCCAUUUCCUUACCUCACCAAGCUAGCCAACGGCCUUCCCGAAGAUGAUACAACGGACUGGGUCCCCGACCUCGAACUGCUCCAUCAUUUUAUAACGUCUACGUACUCGACGUUUCUCCUCGACCCAGCGAGGCCGGAGACUGGACGCCUCUGGCAGGUUGUAGCACCGAAGCUGGCGUUUGUUCACGUCUUCUUGCUUCACCAGAUGUUGGCGGUUGGGGGGUACCACCUCGCCUACCUACAUCCGGAAAACCGCCAGGCUUACUCACUACGGGCUUCGCAGCAUCAGAAUGCCGGAAUUCGGCGUAUGCGGCUGGCAUUGUCGGAGCUCUCGCCCGACAACUGCCACGCCUUGUUUGCAUCGUCGUCCCUCCUGUUCAUUGGCGCUCUCGCUGCCUCAUCGACAAACCGCGAGGCCGCCGCGCCGACCAUUGAUGAGCUCGUGGAUGUUCUCAUAUUGGUGAAGGGGGUGGGCACCGUAUUGUUCUCAUCGCAAGAUUUGUUGCGCUCUGGCCCGCUUUCGGCGUUGCUGACGCAAACUGGCUGCGCGGAGCAGCCUAACCCUGCUUUGGAUCGGGUCGUGCUGGCUGUGGGGGAUUUCCUGGUGGAAAUUGCCGAGACAGAGACAGACGACCGUGUCCGGGCUAUUGUGCACACGGACGCGUAUCGUUUGGUGUCGGCUAUCCGUGAGUCAUUCGUCAAGGUGUCUGGGCCGGAGUACCGCGUAGUAGCGGCGUGGCCCAUCCAGACGUCCGACGACCUGAUACCCAUGCUGAGACAGCGUAAUCAGGCUGCUCUGGCGCUCCUAUCAUAUUACUGCGUGGUGCUCCACGCGGCCGAAAUGCAGGGGUAUUGGUUCAUGGAGGGAUGGGCUGCAGGCGUCAUUCAAGACAUCGCCAAGGUUAUGACGGGCCCGUACAAGAAACAUUCUGCAUGGGCAUUGGGGUGGAUCACGGGCCACGCGGUAAUGGGGUAA